CAGGCCUUUUCUUCUCGUUUCAAGCAAGGCAAGAAGCGCCCCAUCUUGAGCAGACGGGCCAGCAGCUUCAUUUCAUGGGCAUGGUUGAUUGAAUUGUGUGGCCCGAUCAUGUCCAUUGUGGCUGCGAGAUUGUCCGCCCGCUCAGGCACGCAUCUUGCUGGCAGCAUUGUGCACGACGUGCACAGCAGUGCAAGCCGCUGGAUUCAAAAGCACUUGCCUAGAUUCUACAACAGCACUGCUAGGUCAGCCACCAGAUCAGUCCCUGUGAGAGCUCCUGUCAGUGGUACCUUCUGCAUUUCGAGGUGGCUUGUGCGACGGACAGAGAAGAAGCUCAUCAGAUUCAGAGGGGCCUCCGAGUCAACAGAAGCCAAAGCAGAGAUGGCCACUCAAACUGGAGGCCUUGUCGCUACUCAUGGUCCUGAUGAUUGCAUCUUCUGCAAGAUUAUCCGAGGAGAGCUGCCCUCUUAUAAGCUGCUCGAGACAGAGCAUGCUGUUGCGUUCCUGGAUGGUUUCCCGAUGCGGGAGGGGCAUGUUCUCCUAGUCCCUAAGAUACAUGCUCCCUUCAUCACGGACCUCUCUCCGGAAGAUGCAGCGCAGUCGCUGAAAGAGCUGCCUCGCGUUGCCCAGGCCGUGCAGAAGGCAUACGGUGCUGAAGGCAUCUCAGUAGCCCAGAAUAACGGAGCGCCAGCGGGGCAGGUCGUCUUCCACGUCCACUUCCACAUAUUCCCCAGGGAACAAGGAGACGGGUUGUUGAAAUGGUCACAGGGGUCAAAGAGCAUGCUGGCUCCGGAUGAGGCCAAGCGGGUCCAAGAGAAGAUCAGGAAGCAUGUGUGAACUGGCCGCCGUUCGAACCUAGUGUACUAAGGAGUUCAGAAACCGCAAUUGCCUAUUUAUUGACAGGAGCAGCACGGCGCUCAAGGAAUCAAACGGCUUUUGUAUCAUGAGCGAGCAGUGCCAGUAGCCUAAUUUGGACCGGGAGUAAACGUAGAGAUUGUGAGUGGAAACCGAAUGUAGCAAAAGUCUAGAUACGAAGGCCGCUGUAUAGAGCUGUACACAUACCAGACUUGAAAGGAUCCGGGGACCAACAUUCAUGACGUAUCUACGGUAGGCUUAACAUGCAUGGAACGUAAAGCCAUCGGCCCACGUACGGCAGGCAUGAAAUUGCCAUGGUGGCGGCGCCAUGCACACGACGGUAGAAAUCUUCUGG